UUUAAAAAGGUGCCUUGGUCUCAGAGAAGCAAGCAGACACUGCCAAGAUCAACACUGCAGAAAUGAAGAUCACAUUUGCUUGCGUCGCUUUCUUACUUCUGGUCGUGGGCCGGAGCUCUGAAGCCGUGCAGGUGGAGGAGAACGGUUUGUCCUUCUCCUUGGAAGCCGUCAAGAGACUCCAGGAGAUGUUUGAGAGCGCCAGGACGCCGGUGCUGAACCCGCGGAUGCGGGCCAGCUCGGCAUCCAUGUGCGAGGAGCCCAUGCUGCCCCAGGAGCUGCUGCCCCUGUGCAAGCAGAAGGGGGCGUCGGCAUCACUCGCCAGACUAGCAUUGGUGCCGCUGGACGUCUGCGAGGUUUGCGCCUUUGCUGCCUGCAGCGGCUGCUAAGCCGACACCACAUAUGUGCUUUAUUUCCUUAUUUGUAUCUUUCAUGUCUUCAUGUCCUUUAUUAAAAAACAAAACAAGUACUUAAAGAAGAAAAAAGGGCCAGAGUAGACCAGGAAUCCAUAAGGAGCUUUUAAACUCAAACUGUUACUUAAGAAAAAACAAAAAACAAUUAUCUUUUUUGUCAUUAGUUUUAUAUUUGAAAGUUUUUUGUUUCAUUUCUAUCUUACCAUGCUUUGUGUGCCUAUUUAAGCAUCCUCUUCUAUGUUGUUGUUUGGAAUAAAAAUGUGUGCACUGCAAGUCAC